AUGACUGUAGUACAAGAAAGAUCAAAAAACGCAAAGGGUGGUAGGAAUAAUGUAGGGAAUUAUAGACCAAUCUUAAAAUGCAUCAGUCAGCUGGAACUGGCCCAGUUAAUAGGGACUGGAGUAAAAGCACGUUAUAUUUCUGGAACAGUUCGAGGUCGGGAAGGAUCAGUUUCUGGAUCCAGAGACCAAACAGCUGAUGAAUUUUUAAGUUUGGGCCUGGGCACUCUUGUCGGUGGGACUGUGGACCGAAAGCAAAUAGCCAGUAUCCAGGAGUCUAUUGGUGAGACGAGCUCUCAGAGUGUUGUUGUUGCAGUUGACAGAAUUUUCACAGGAUCUACAAGACUUGAUGGAAAUGCUAUUGUUGAUUUUGUACGCUGGCUUUGUGCUGUUUCCAUGGAUGAGUUAGCCUCACCAACACAUCCACGAAUGUUCAGUCUACAGAAGAUAGUUGAGAUAUCUUAUUACAACAUGGGGCGAAUAAGGCUACAAUGGUCCAGAAUAUGGGAGGUCAUUGGAGACCAUUUCAAUAAGGUUGGCUGUAAUCCCAAUGAAGAUGUUGCCAUUUUUGCAGUAGACUCUCUGAGGCAGUUAUCAAUGAAAUUCUUAGAGAAAGGAGAACUUGCUAACUUCAGGUUUCAGAAGGAUUUCUUGAGACCAUUUGAACACAUAAUGAAAAAGAACAGAUCACCAACAAUCCGAGAUAUGGUGGUUCGGUGUAUAGCUCAGAUGGUUAACUCACAGGCUGGCAAUAUUCGUUCUGGGUGGAAGAAUAUUUUCUCUGUCUUUCACCUGGCAGCCUCCGAUCAAGAUGAAAGUAUAGUAGAACUAGCAUUUCAAACCACGGGACACAUUGUCAUGAAUGUAUUUGCAAAGUAUUUUCCAGCAACAAUAGAUUCCUUUCAAGAUGCAGUGAAAUGUUUGUCAGAAUUUGCCUGCAAUGCUGCUUUUCCUGAUACAAGUAUGGAAGCAAUCCGCCUCAUUCGUCAUUGUGCAAAAUAUGUUUCAGAGAGACCACAGGCAUUCAAAGAAUACACCAGUGAUGAUAUGAAUGUAGCUGCUGAAGAUAGAGUAUGGGUGAGAGGAUGGUUUCCAAUUCUGUUCGAGUUGUCAUGCAUAAUUAACAGAUGCAAAUUAGAUGUAAGAACUCGGGGAUUAACUGUGAUGUUUGAAAUAAUGAAAACUUAUGGUCAUACUUUUGAGAAGCACUGGUGGCAGGAUCUCUUCAGGAUAGUUUUCAGGAUCUUUGACAAUAUGAAACUUCCAGAACAGCAGACUGAGAAAGCUGAGUGGAUGACCACCACUUGUAACCAUGCACUUUAUGCUAUUUGUGACGUAUUCACGCAGUACUUUGAAGUACUCAAUGACAUCCUCUUGGAUGAUAUAUUUGCACAGUUAUAUUGGUGUGUACAGCAAGAUAAUGAACAGCUGGCUCGAUCUGGUACUAAUUGUCUGGAGAAUGUUGUCAUUCUCAAUGGGGAAAAGUUUUUGCCAGAAACUUGGGACAAAACUUGCAACUGUAUGUUGGACAUCUUCAAGACUACAAUUCCUCAUGCAUUAUUAUCAUGGCGACCCUCUCAGGCUGAAAGUGAUUCUUCUUUACAUGCUGAUGCUGGAGAAAAACAGUUGGAUGCCAUUUCUCAAAAGUCAGUUGACAUUCUGAGUAAAGGUGAUGACCAACAGUCUGUCACCAGUGCAGAGAGGAAUCCUUCAGAUUGGCAGCAGAGCCAGUUUAGUCUAAUAUCCAAUUCUAGUGAUGAUGCUGCUAAAGCUAAGACACCAUCAAAACUGUCAGAGCAGAAGUUGUUUGCUGCACUUCUCAUUAAAUGUGUUGUCCAACUCGAGUUAAUUCAGACAAUCGAUAACAUUGUGUUCUUUCCUGCAACCAGCAAAAAGGAAGAUGCUGAGAACUUGGCUGCAGCUCAGAGAGAUGCAAUCAAUACUGAUGUGCAUGUUGAAAAACAAGACCAGGGAAUGUAUCGCUACCUAACUUCAAAACAGCUUUUCAAGCUCCUAGACUGCCUACUUGAGUCUCAUCGAUUUGCCAAGUCCUUCAACUCUAACAAUGAACAGAGGACCGCAUUAUGGAAAGCAGGGUUCAAAGGUAAAUCAAAGCCUAAUCUUUUGAAACAAGAAACCAGUAGUGUUGCUUGUGGCCUGCGUAUUUUAUUUCGAAUGUACACCGAUAAAAACCGUCGUGAUGCUUGGGUGGAAGUUCAGCAACGAUUACUAAAUGUUUGCAGUGAAGCUCUCAGCUACUUCCUGACACUUACCUCAGAGAGUCACCGGGAGGCCUGGACCAAUCUUCUUCUACUUUUUUUAACUAAAGUCCUCAAAAUAAAUGAUGAAAGGUUCAAGGCCCAUGCAUCGAAGUACUAUCCCCUUUUGUGUGAAAUUAUGCAAUUUAAUUUGAUUCCAGAAUUGAGAGCUGUUCUACGCAAAUUUUAUCUCCGCAUUGGUGUAGUCUUUAAAAUAUCUCAUCCUUCAGACCAAGAGCAUGGAUCCAACAAGCUGCAAUGAUGACUGAGGUCUUGGCUAAGGCAUUCUGUUUAUAAAUCGGAAAAGGACUAGGCUGCAGUUGGUUACUUUGACUCACUCACUCCUGCCUCGAUCCUUUCUUGAUCUUUUUGUAAAGGAUGGUGCUUUAAUUCUGUUGGUUUGUAACCUGCCUAAAAGAUGCAGAUGACUGAGCUGUAAUAUUAGUUUAAAAUGCUCUAUUUCAUUGAAUUAAUUAUCCGAAUGAUUCAAGGUAAUGAUUAAAUGCUGACACGUGCUGAGCAUGGAAUCAGCAUUUUGUGGUAUGGUCACUGUUUGAAAUGCAGUUUAGUGUGGAGAACACUGUGACUCGAACACAAACACGGACAGGAUGCAGUGCAUAUUGUGAAGUAGAGAAAAUAUUUAAAUGAGUACUGUAGUUUAAACUUCUGGGCAGAAGAAUUUGGCGCCAAUAUGCUAUAAGGGAAAUCUAAUCGUGUAGCAUCUUACAGGCAGGUUGGAGGAUAUAACUAAAUUACAAUUGUUACAGAUACUAGCAAAGAUCAGUUGAACAUUGUUCAGUAACUAUUUUAUUGUUUGCACAGCUCAUGACCAUUAAAAUUACAAUGACCAUCCUUCUGUGAAUCUGUUGUACAGAAAUAUAAAUCUGUAAAGUAUGAUAUUAACACUAUGUAGUUCUUACACAAUGGGUUUCUUUUAUUUCAGUAUUUUAUGUUGAUUUUCUGCGGUUACAGCUAUUUUAUUGUUCAUUGUGUGCACUGGGUUGUUUUGCUUUUGACUUUGUGAUUUAUUUUAAAUUUACUUUAAUGUUGCUUGUGCAGUUGUAAUGGAAGCUGGGGUGUGUGGACAAUUAUUAGAGGGAAGAGGCACUAAGAUUGUUGUGUUAAUGUAAUUAGCAGAAUGGUUACCCUGUCAAUAAAGGUAGGUUUUCCCCUAACUGUAUAAUACAGACUAGGGCCUGUUAUUAAAAAAAAAUGGAUUGACCUUAUCAACUGGAACUUGAAUCACUGCAGGUUGAUCUGAGGUGCAUUUGCACUGACAUAAAACUGUCUCCAUGUUUGAUGUAGGUUCUACUGUCUAUGUAUAAAAUUUGAUGUUAAAUUAAAUAUAUUGAAUAAUGAAUCAGUUUAGGGUUGGGAUGAUGACAUUUACUGAAAUCUAAUUAUUAAGAAGCUGUGAAAUGGGCUUUAAUUAAAAAAAAAUGGAUACACAGAGUUCCAAGCAUUCCUAGUCACUGUGGAUGUAGAAAAUAAAUAUUUGGAGAAGGUUAAAAUGUAUAUGGUACAGACAUGUAAAGUUUUCUAUGUAAAAAUAUGUACAACUUUCUGUACAAUAUUGGUUAUCAUCUGGCAUAUUCUAAUCAGGUCAUGGCUCAAUAAAGUUUUUGAACUCUCUUUUA